GUUGUGUUGGUUCCCUUUUCCGUUGGUCCGCGCACUUGAUGCUUACGGCUCGCUUGCCAGGGCCACGCCGGUUCGAGCCGUGUGGUGUGCGUUCGGACCUAGGCAGUGCCGCCUCGCUCUCCUCAGUAAUCGCGAGAUCCCGCAGCAGUGAACAACCAGCGUACGGGCGCGGUGCAUGUGUGUGAUCUGUUUUUGUAUUUCUGCUCUCGUUCGCGUUUACGCGCGCGCAUCCAAGCCGGUAUUUACGUCGUCAUCGUCGUCGUCUUGGUCGUCGUGGUCGUCGUUGUCGCCGCCGUUGUCAACGUCAAUAUCGUCGUCGGCGUCGUCGUUCUCGCCGUGGUCGUUGGCAUCGCUCCGUUCUGCCAUGACGAUGCCGGCAAGUAACGCAUUAAAGGUGGACCCUUUCGAUCACGUGGGAAAUUUGGUGCUGCGUUUUGUAACGCACACUACCAAACGUUAGGGGUGUUUCAAGGUGUAAGGGAAUUAAAGAGAAGCGAAAAAUAAUUGCAAUGCAAAAACAAUGUUGUUGGAGUUAUAAGCGUUUUUCUAUUGGUUUAUUUUUUAAUACAAUGCUUUAUUUGAACAAAAAAAAACAGAAAACACUACGUACGAACAAAAACAGAAAACAAAUAAUUUAUUAUUCAAUCGCUUCGUGUUUGUAAUGGAAUUCUGGAAUUCUGGAACUGUGAUUGGCGAGUGAGUGUGUUUGUAGUCGCAUUGUGGUGCAUUGGGUGCCUUGCGCUUGUUUUACAUCAGAGAGAAAGCAAAUUAAAAUGCAACUUACAAGCCGUAGUCGUUUAGUGAAAAUGUAGAGUGAUGUGAGUUAAAAGUAAGUUUUGUGUCGGGGAAAAAACGGGAACGUUCCAUUGUGCAGUGCAAAACAGUUUUGGUUGGGUGAGGUGGGACAGUUUUUUGAUGCAUCGUAGAUUGUGGAUACAUCAGUGAAUGACCAAAAUGAUUCAACAGAAGCUGCCACGGGCUGUUUUAACGAUAUUAACAGUGGUGCCGUUGCUACUGCCGUGUAUAGCCGAGCAGCAAAAAUUCCGCCUAAUUCCGGGCGAUCUGGUCGUGGCGGAGGGUGCCGAGGCACUGUUGCGAUGCGAAAUUCACAACGCAGCCGGUUCGGUGCAGUGGACCAAGGACGGUUUUGCGUUGGGGUUUACGCAGAGCAUACCGGGAUAUCCACGGUAUUCGGUGCUCGGUGACAGUGGUCAGGGCAUCUACAAUCUGCGGAUAGUGAAUGUCACGCUCGAGGAUGACGCCGAAUACCAGUGCCAGGUGGGACCGUAUAUGCACCACAAGCUGAUCCGUGCCAAGGCCAGGCUGACCGUAAUCGCUCCACCCACAUCGAUCCAAAUCCAGGGCUACAGCCAGCAUGCAAAGGUGGAAGUACGCGAGGGCGAAGAGCUGACGCUUACAUGCGUCGUUCCGAACGCGAGGCCAGCCGCACAGAUCGUCUGGUACCGGGCAAAUGUGGAGUACAAAUCGAACACCAUCGAAACCAAGAGCGCAGAGACGGAAGAUCACCGGUACACGGCCACGUCCAAGCUGCAACUUCAACCGACCGCGGAAGAUGACUACAUCGACUACACGUGCCAAGCCCGACACCAAGCAAUCCCGGAAGACCGUCCAAUGCAGUCGACCGUGCAGCUGUCAGUGCUCUACCCUCCCGGUGUACCGUACAUCGAAGGAUACGCGCCGGGUGAAGUGAUCCGCCGUGGACAGCACGUGCAGCUAGCGUGUCGUAGCCGGGGCGGCAAUCCACCGGCUCAGCUGAUCUGGUACAAAAACGGCAAUCAGGCACGGAUGGCUUACCGGACCACGGAUCGGUUUUCGGAAAACAUCUACGCGUUUGUGGCCGAAGCGAGUGACAAUAAGGCCCGCUUGCGCUGCGAAGCGAACAACAAAAUGGCGACGAAGAUACUUAAAGCAGAGGUUACACUCAACGUGUUGUUUGCACCAACACAAGUCAUCGUUUCCGGACCAUCCGAGGCACGGGUAGGCGACAGUGUGGCCUUACAGUGUCAGACAACGGCAUCGAAUCCGGCCGCAGAGAUUAAAUGGGUCGUCAAUGGGAAACAGGUGACAAACGCCUCGUCAAAGGUUGUCCCAAGUCCAGAAGGAGGAUGGGUAACGACCUCCAACAUAACGGCAUCGGUGGAAGCUAACAAACGCUCGCUGGUUGCCAUUUGCCAUGGCGUUAACAUGCAGCUGCCUGAAAAUGUACAAUCCACUCACACCGUGAAUGUGCUGCUACCUCCAGGACCACCGAUUAUUUCCGGCUACACCGAAGGAUCGAUUAUUACGGUCGGAACAAGGCAAAAGAUCAUGUGCACAUCGUCUGGCGGCAAUCCACUGGCGACGCUGGUCUGGUACAAGAACGAUAAAAAGAUCAAAUCCGUAAGCAAAACGACGGACCAGUCGGUUUCGGCCGAACUGUCGAUACUGGCAAACGUAACCGACAAUCAGGCACAGUACCGGUGCGAGGCGCACAACUCAGCCACCGAGAUACCGCUCUUCGAAACGAAAGUUCUGACCGUGCACUUCGCACCGGAGACGGCCAAGAUACGGAUCGAACCGGCUGAACUGCGGCCCGGCAUCGAAGCGACGCUGAUAUGCGAUUCCAGCUCGAGCAAUCCGCCGGCAAAGCUGUCCUGGCGGCACGAGGGCACCGUACUGGAAGGUACGAACAACUCCUCCAAAGCUGGACUGUGGGGCGGGACCGUGUCUUCGCUUGAGCUGAAGCUGAACAUCACGCAGGAUAUGGACGGCCACGUAUACACCUGCCAGAGCACGAAUGAGAUGUUGCAGCGUAGCAUCAACGUGGCUGUCAAUUUGCCAGUGCUGUAUGAGCCCCGGUUCCAAACGCCAGCCGAAACCGUUGUCCACGGUGUGGCGGGAGAGCCACUGACCGUUGCCCUGGUUGCGACCGGCAAUCCGUCGUCCAUCGCGUACACCUGGACCAGGAACGGCCAAACGAUAGCAUCGACCGGUAGUAGUGGUGAACCGAGAAUCGUCUCCGAGGGACCGAUCCUUAACAUUACCAAGCUCGUGCGCACGGAUGCCGGCGUGUACACGUGCGAAGCCGUCAACUCCCAAGGGUCGGCGAUGAUUAAUAUCACCCUGCAAGUCAAGUAUGCUGCAACGAUAAAAGCCAUUUCGGAGCACGUUACCGUCGAUCCGGGCGAGGAUGCAAUACUAAACUGCACCGUAGACGGAAACCCAUUAACGCCGGACCUUAUUCGCUGGGAGCGGGAUGGGUACGAUCUGCGAGCGAAAACCACCACCGGCUACGCAAACGGAACCGGCACGCUGGUGGUGAAGGACGCCCAAAGGGAGGAUGUGGGCAAUUUCCGGUGCAUCGCUGAUAAUCGUGUCGCAGCCCCGGACAGUCGCAAUGUGCUAUUGAUUGUCAAAUUUGCACCCGAGAUAGACAAAUCGCCCGCAAUGCUACGUGCCGCGUCCGGUCCGGGCGAUCAGGCACGCCUUCCCUGCCGGGCCAAGGCAGCACCCGCGCCCAUCUUCCACUGGAUCCGUACCGGACAGGAGCUGCCGAUCAACCAGUCCUCGAAAUACUACACCCUACAGCGUCAGCUCGAUCCCCUAACGCACGAAUCCAUCCUUGUAAUCGAGCGCAUCUCCUCGCGCGACUAUGGCGAUUACGAGUGCCGUGCUAAAAACGACCUCGGAAGUGGAUCCGGUACCGGUCGAUUGGACGUACGGUCUGCGCCCGAUUCGCCCGCCACGCUGACGGUGCUAAAUGUAACGCACGACAGCGUUACGCUCGGCUGGGAGCCCGGUUUCGAUGGUGGACAUCGUGCGAGCUACCGGAUACGGUACCGGGAAGCAACGUCCGAACGGUACCGGUACGAGGAUGGUCCCCCGAACGCACACCAGCUUACCGUGGCCGGGUUGCGUAGCAACACGCUCUACCUGUUCUCGAUCAUGGCGGCGAACGUGCUCGGCGAGAGCCGUUACUUGCCCGAUCUGACCCGGGCCCAAACCAAAGAGCGACAGCCGCAGCCACCGAUGGAAUCGUCCUCCUUCCUGGCGCCAUCGUCUCCAGCUGGACCGUCCACCUUGCUGCUGCUUGGAAUUGGGGUCGCGGCCGGUAUAGCCCUGGUGCUGCUCAAUAUCCUUCUUAUCGGAUUCUGUCUCUACCGGCGCAGUCUACCCGGCAGCUCCAGUUCGCGUCGUGCGCGGCACGAUCAUAAAUACACCGGCGCGCUGUACAACAGCGGUGACUCAUCCAACCCAAAUAGCAAAUCGGCAACGAUUGAGAUGUAUGCGCCCAGCUCGUACAACGAUACAGUGACGGGCGAGACACUGUCCAGCGUUUCGGAAAAGAGCGACGCGUACUCAAACGACGGUAGUCAGCCGGAUUUUAUGGAUGAAACUAGAAAACGUGCUGUUUCUACGUAUCUAAUCGAUGGAGGAGAGAUGCAACCACCGAGGUACCAGCAGGAGGGCAACCUACCUCACUACGCAAGCAAUACCGGCACUGAGAACGGAUAUGAUCAAUCCGGGCACACCGACCAACUGAAAAACUCAACUAUGGACGGCUCCUACUAUCACAUGAACAACGACCGUUUCUAUCCACCGAUGGAUUAUCCGGGCGUCGAGUUUCCCACACCUCCACUACCCAUUCUACCCUCCGUUGGACCAACGCAAAGCUCUUCCGAAACAUUACGACGGGUAGCGCGAACGAUGGUUCCACCUCCAGAUGUAACGUACCACACACACCACAGAACUGGCGGCCAACAGCACGAUUCCAGCAGUCUUUCCACGACGUUGCCGUUCGGUUCACUCAAUGCCAGCAUUUCACAAGCCGUCCAAUCGACCCCCAAACAACCGCAAGGUAUCCUCAAGGAUCCAAAACGGAGCAACAGUUCCGCUAGCGGAAGUCACACCUAUUCAAGCCUGCCACUUCAACAGCAGCAGCAGCAGCAGCAACUGUACAGUAUACACAAUCCCUCUCCGAUCCCGUCGGAUCAGUAUGUGGCUGGACCGAGCGGGUACGGGUUGAUGAUGGACCCACAAGGUCACAUUGGCACCAGUGCGGGGAGUAGUUUGCUGAUGGGAGCGUAUGAUCCGCCAGCUAGUUCCAGUCUAGCGUCAUACAACGUUUCUGUCGGGUACACCGAUUCGGACGGACAUCUGGUUUAGCGCUGAUAGGGUUCGUACUAAUCAGAGGGCCAAAAUCAAUCAUUAAUGGGUAAUAUUUUGAAGAAUGACACGACACUUUAUUGAUUAGUGUAUGACUACCCUUUAGUUGUGUUUUACAAAGCGAAACAUUAUAUUUUACGUACGUUGCGUAAAUUUAAUGAUACUUUAAUAAUACUUUGUUAGUAAGGUGAUUUUUUACUCUUGAUCGGAGAAAAAACUUGUUUAGAAUGCGCCUUGACACACCAUUACAUAGCGAUGUACUGUAAAGCAUGAAGCCAAAAUCGAUUACAUUCGAAGAUAUCUAUGCAAAAGCUCAUAUAAAUACCAUCUAUUUUACGGCGAGUAUUGUCACGCAGUGCAUGGGCGUAUUUCAUCGCACCACACAAGAUGACAUAAAAACACCCACAAAUUGAUUUGAAAUGUUGCACUGACGUUGCUAUUUGGCCACUUUUUCACGCUCCAUAGCGUGAAAUUGUCUCGGUACGACUAAGCGCACGGAUACAAAAAAUCACAAACCAUGUAGUGACAUAUAGUAAUAGUU